UUCCUCGGUUUAAAGAUAGCUCUUUUUUGUGCUGUGUCUUAAAAUAGCAUCCUCCGGAACAAGCCCUUAUAAACCUCUGGGUCUCUGAUGGUACACUCCCGUUGUUUAAAGACACAGAUGCUACUGUUCUCCACAGAUAACCUAAGCCAUUUGGAAGGGGGGAUAGCACCCAGAGAAGAGACCGUGCCGUUUUCAGACGAGCUAGCCAAAACCUACGCACCUGUGUGGUGUAUCCUGAGGUUGACUCUCUAAAAAGAAAAGAAAAACAAGUAACAUCUUCUGACUGUUAGUAAAUAUGCUGACAGUAAUUGGGAUUAAUAUUGACGAGCAGCACUCCAGCGCUGGCGACUAAAAUGGGAGCGCUGUGUUCUAGCCAUAGCAGGGCGCCGCAAGCGGGAGAGUCCUCAGGUUUGGGGGAGUGAAGAGAUUCGUUCACGGCACCAUCAGCAUCAAACUCACAACAAAGCAGUAAGACACCCAUAAAAAAAAAUCCACCGGCAGGAGGUUGCUGGAUGAAGAUUUAAAAAGAAAACACACACCUUACUGAAUGUGGGAUUUACUUAAGUUAUAUUUAUUUGUGUAAUUUAGCUUUUAUUUACUUUGUAAUUCUAUGUGUUGUAUAUAUUUAAUAUUCAACUGUACAAUGCCCAGCUUUUUCGAUCCCCCGCGUCGUUACAAUUCCACUCCAGGCCGCUGGGAUGCGGGUGGCGCGGCCUCUCUGUCCUCCUCAUUGGUGAACAGCGUGGUGAAGAUGGCUCUGCUCUCCCUCAUUGUCUGCACCUCCCUUUUCGGGAACGUGGUGGUGCUGCUGGUGUUCCAGCGCAAGCCCCAGCUCCUGCACGUGGCCAACCGCUUUGUGCUGAACCUGCUUACGGCGGACCUCUUCCAGACGGUCCUAGUGAUGCCCUUUGCUAUCGUCGCCACGGUGCCCAACGUGUGGCCCCUGGACCGCCGGCUGUGUCAGGCUCUGGUGGUCCUUAUGCACUUGUUUGCCUUCGCCGGGGUCAACACCAUCAUUGUGGUGUCUGUCGACAGGUACCUGGCCAUCAUCCAUCCACUCUCCUACCCGGCCAGGAUGACCCCUCGCCGGGGGAACAACCUGAUCGCCUGCACAUGGGUCCUGAGCGUCCUGCAGAGCACCCCGCCACUCUACGGCUGGGGGUCCAUUGACUUCGACCGGCGCCACCACUCCUGCACGCUCGUCUGGUCCGCCAGCUACUCCUACUCCGCCCUGGUAUCCAUGUUCUCCUUCUGGGUGCCCGUCUGCAUCAUGCUGGGCUGCUACUGGAUGGUGUUCAGGGCUGCCAGGAGGCAGAACAACCUAGUUCACCCGGUGCAAGCUACCAAGCACAGCCACAGCACUGCUGAUAACCACCAGUGCCAAGAGAAGCAUCAGCAGCAGCCGCCCCCGGAAGGCUCUGUCUACCCCAUCAGGGCGCGCCACAGACGCUUCCAUUAUCACUGCAAAGCGGCCAAAGUGGUCUUUGUCAUCAUGUCUUCUUACAUCUUCAGCAUGGGCCCUUACAGCGUCCUCGGCAUGCUCUUCAUCAGCCCUAGCGUUCCCGUCCCGCCCUGGAUCGUCUCCCUGGCCCUCGUCUUGUUCUUUUUCCAGUGCUGUAUCCACCCCUACAUCUACGGCUACAUGCACCGCAGCGUCCGCAGGGAGUUCCUGGCCCUGCUCUGCGGCUCCUUCUGCCAGCAGGUGCGACCGCCGCGCAGCUCCGGAGCGGACAGCUGCUUCACGGUGACCGCCGGGCGGCCGACGCACACCCACUUCCCCGGCGCGGCUGCCAGGAUCUGCCCCCUGAGGACCUGGGAGGAGGGCACCACGUCGUCCUCCCCCACCGAGGGCAUGUCCAAGGACAGCAGGAAGGACACGACCUCGAUCAGCUUCAGCUCGGAAAAAGAACUGAACAUCCUGCCGAAGUGAUAAGAACCGUAUACAAAGCCACAUGCUGUAUCAUCACCCGUACAAUUUCGCAAGCCUCUUGCAGCUAUAACAUCUUGUACAUGGCCAUGCAGAGUCUACAAGACGUUGAGAGGCACCCUGAGUAAUCUCACAAAGCCUCAGGGAGAGCAGCGUAUGCGCCAUGCAGUGCUGUAGGCUGAGGAGCUCCUAAAACCAGGGUAUCCAAGAAGGCCAUUACAGGUAUUAUAUUAUAAUAUUAAAGGACUAGGUGCUUUAGGGUU